AUGUCGGCAAUAUCAGGUGUUUCAGUUUUUGUCAAUGCAGUGGGUGUUAGAAGUACUGAUGGUACAAUAUGGUUGCAGAUGGGAAUGUCAGGACAGCACAUUGCCAUACCCAUUUUUGGGUUAUGGGAAACCGAUGAUGGCAAGAGCACAGAAGCAGAAAGGCCAGGAGAGAGUUCCAUGGUCACAGGAUGUCCCAACGAGUGCAGGCCUGGAAGGAGUCCGAAGAGUUGUAGGCUAAGGUGGAACAGAAAACUGAAGUUUGGCAUCAACCAAAAGCCCUUCUCUGAAGAGGAAGAAGCCACCAUUAUCAAACUCCAAAAGCAGCAUGGCAAUAAGUGGGCAACUAUUGCAAAGCACAUGCCAGGGAGAACGGAUACUGGGAUCAAGAAUUUCUGGAAUAACCGUCUGAAGCUUUCGAAAAAGGAGACUCCGAGCCUUGUCAAUCUGACACCAUUGCACCAGCCUCUUGAAACUGCUGAUUUGUUGACUUGUGCUGUGAAUGAUCUCAGGGAUGAAGUCCUCAAGUUGCACUCAGAUGCCAGCUUUACAUGGUAUCCUCGGCAUGGACAUGCCUUUCAUCCAACAGAUGAGGAGCUAAUUCUCACUUCUCUUCCUCCUCUUCCUCCUCAAACACCCAGUUUCCAUUACCAGCAGGCUAUGGAGGACCAACAAGUUUGUCCCAGGAACCCAGAUGGGAUCGGUUUUGGGCCUGCGAGUAUUCCAAAUGCAAGUUCCAUUCCUGCGCCGGUUUCAGCCUCACUGGAGCCCUCCAAGGCCUAUCAAGUAGUGGAGAUUGUUGAGGCCACCCCAGCUGACCAAGAUAGUGACUGUUUCUUGGAAGAACUUCUCAGGGAUCAGGAGCCUAGUGACCGUUUCAUGGAUUUCACUUCGUCUCCUGAUGCUGAUGGAUCACAAAAUAUAAUAAAUUAA